CCAUAACUUGCAAUGAUGGGUGUUGAAUCGAGCAUGCGGGCCAUUCUUUUGUGUCUUGAAGGUUUGAUAAUGGAAGAGGGUUCAAGCAGCAAGUUCAAGAAGAUUUGUGUGUUCUGUGGAAGUCAUUCUGGUCAUCGAGAAGUCUUCAGUGUUGCUGCUACUCAAUUGGGAGAUGAAUUGGUUAAUAGGAAGAUAAGUUUGGUGUAUGGUGGUGGAAGUAUUGGUCUAAUGGGAAUGAUAGCUCAGAGAGUUUUCGAUGGAGGUUGCCGAGUUCUUGGGGUUAUCCCAAAAGCUCUUGUACCCCUUGAGAUCUCUGGUGCAAGUGUUGGAGAGGUACAUAUUGUUUCAGAUAUGCAUGAAAGGAAAGCUGAAAUGGCUCGAGAAGCUGAUGCCUUUAUUGCCCUUCCUGGAGGCUAUGGAACCAUGGAGGAAGUUUUAGAGAUGAUCACAUGGUCACAACUUGGAAUCCAUAAAAAACCUGUUGGCCUCCUAAACGUUGAUGGAUAUUACAACAGUUUGCUUGCACUAUUUGACAAUGGAGUCAAGGAAGGUUUCAUCAAACCAAGUGCUAGAGACAUUGUUUUAUCAGCUUCAAAUGCCAUAGAUUUGUUGACUAAAAUGGAGCAAUACACACCCGAGCAUGACCAUGUUGCACCGCAUGAGAGCUGGCAAAUGGAACAACUGGGGAAUUAUCCAAAACAAGGAACAUAAUUCAAACUUUCAAAGUCAUUUCGUUCCGUUUAAUAGGGACCAAUUUCACAUUCAUUCCUUGAAUUUGAAAGAUUGACUUUGUGUGUUGAAAUCUGCUUAGCAGGUUGUAUUCUUUUCGUCUAGUGUGGGUUUGAUUGUGCUAGGAAUGAUCAGUUACUGUAUGAUUCGUUCUUAUCUGUGAUGUUUGCGCUUUUGAAACAGUUAAAAUUACAUCAAAAGGAAAAAAAGGGUCGGUAGUAUUCGGUCUCCUGGUGAACAAAUUUCAUCAAGGAACCGGAUAUUGUGCAAUGUGCGACUCCAAUGUUUGAUGACUUUGUUAUGUUUUUGUAGUAACUGAUUGUUCUUUUCUUCAA